AUGGUCGGGUCGACAUCCUUCGUCAAGGCCUUGCCCUUGCUAGCGGUCUCUGCUUUCGCUGGCGUAAACUAUCCCACCAUUCCCAGUGACCUGACAACCCCCUUCCAGCAGCGUCUAGCUGUCUAUGGUCUAAAUGCGGUCUCCGUGGGUUGGAACACCUACGAGCAACUCAACCAGAGCUGCGUCCUCUACGGUACCUCGGCUGAUGGCCUGAGCUCACGCUCCUGCUCAACUACCUCCAGCACUUACGCUACCUCACGAACCUGGUCCAAUGCCGUGGUAUUGACCGGCCUCACCCCCGCCACGACAUACUACUACAAAAUCGUGUCUGGCAACUCCAGCGUGGAGCAUUUCCUCAGCCCCCGCGCACCCGGCGACAAGACUGCUUUCAGCAUGGAUGUGGUCAUUGAUCUGGGCGUGUACGGCAAAGACGGCUUCACCACCUCCUCCAAAAAGAAGGACACCAUCCCCGUAGUCGAGCCGGAGCUGAACCAUACCACGAUCGGCGCUCUCGCACGGACAGUCGACGACUACGAGAUCGUCAUCCACCCAGGCGACUUCGCCUACGCCGAUGACUGGUACCUCAAAUUCUCCAACAUCCUGCAGGGCAAGGAGGCAUACCAAGCGAUUCUAGAGCAGUUCUACGACCAAUUGGCGCCGAUCGCCGGCCGCAAGCUCUACAUGGCCAGCCCAGGCAACCACGAGGCCGACUGCUCGGAAAUCCCUUAUCUGAACGAAUUGUGCCCCGAGGGCCAAAAGAACUUCACGGACUUCAUGCACCGCUUCGAGAAGACCAUGCCCUCUCCAUUCGCGUCAUCCUCAUCCAACACGACUGCGCAAGCCCUCGCCGCCAAGGCGCGCAGCUACGCCAACCCACCAUUCUGGUACUCCUUCGAGUACGGCAUGGCUCACAUUGUCAUGAUCAACACAGAAACCGAUUUCCCCGACGCGCCAGAUGGUACGGACGGCUCCGCCAACCUGGACAGCGGGCCCUUCGGCAAGCCGAACCAGCAGACCGAUUUCCUGAAGGCAGAUCUUGCCAGUGUAGACCGCACCAUCACGCCCUGGGUCAUCGUGGCCGGCCACCGACCGUGGUACAGCACGGGUUCGGGCAACGGGUGCGACUCUUGCCAGGCGGCGUUCGAGGACAUCUUCUACCAGUACGGCGUCGACCUCGGCGUGUUCGGCCAUGUGCACAACUCGCAGCGCUUUGCACCGGUGUACAACGGAACAGCUGACGCGAACGGUAUGAAGGAUCCCAAGGCGCCGAUGUAUAUUGUUGCCGGCGGACCUGGCAACAUUGAGGGGUUGAGCUCUGUGGGCACCAAGCCGGAUUAUACCGAAUUUGCGUAUGCGGAUGAUUAUAGCUAUGCUAAGAUCAGCUUUGUGGAUGAGCAGAAUCUGCAGGUCGACUUUUACCAGUCAUCCACUGGGGACCUUUUAGAUUCGAGCACGCUGUAUAAGAGCCAUGCGACUCAAUUUGUCCAGCAGUAG